GGCGGCAUGUGGUAGGUAUCUUUUCGCAUUGGAGUUUAUGCAUGGCGAGUUAUCAAGGGAAUAAAUGUGUGUAAAGUUCUCCAUUUCCUCCAUCUAUUCUACUUCUCUUAGCCGACCUCCUUUUCAUUGUCAUAUCUCAACUGUGUCUGCUGGAACCGCUAGAAUUAGCAUUCGUCUUGAAAUCGGUGUGGGGGUUGGCGAGAGUUGGGCCAAUCCUCGAUUGAGAGCGAAUCCUAACGAUACCCCACGGCGUCCCGGAGGCACGGAGGCAUUGUUGUCAACUAGCUUGUGGAGUUCCGGAUCCUUGACUCUUCCCGCUUUCAAUUAAUUACCGUUUGGUAGACUGAGCGCGUUACUUCGAAGUUACACGAUAUCUCCGUCCCCCUCAAAACGACAAUGUUUCACAUCCUUCUCCUCUGUGUGCUCGCAGCAGCGCAAUCGGUAUCUCCUCCGCCUCCACCGCCCUCGGGGCCAAAUCUGGGAUACAGAAAACUAUGGGACCUCCAGAACAUGUUCUGGACGCGUUUCAAGUAUCCGAACAAUGUGGCUGAAGCGAUGAGCCUCAAUUCUACCAUCUUCAGCGAGAAUGUCCAAGGUCGCGUGUCUGAUACGCGCAACUUUGAAGGCCGUGAGCUCAACACCGAAUACAUCUUCGGUCUUUUUAUCCCGUCUGAAUCAGUGUCCGUGAUCGGCCGGCCCGGGGACUACGAGAUUCUCCAGUUCGCUGCGAACCAAAACAUCGCGGCGGCUACGACCCGGGUCCAGUUCACAUUUCCCUCUUUCAAGAACCUCUCUUUUCCCGUGGUCAUUGAUACUUGGCUUACCUGGAAUGAGAACGACGAAAUCACUCAGUAUGACGUUGUUUUCCGGUGGUUCGGAUAUCUUCUCCAGACCCUCCUUGCUGCUGGUGGUGAUGGCACGCCCGAGGAGAACGCUCAUCACGCCGCACAAGCCAUAGCGACGUCCAUCUGCAAGAAGCACGAGAAAUUCUGCACCGGUACGAACAAGCAAUACGAUUCGUUCGACCAGUGCUUCAAGUUCCUCACGCAAGACAUCCGCGUUGGCCAAAGCUUUGAACUGGGCAUGGACACGCUACUGUGCCGAAAUGUUCAUGAAGUUAUGGUCGCAUUUCGCCCAGAGGUACACUGUAGCCACAUUGGGCCCACUGGUGGCGGGAUGUGCGACGAUACGAUUUCGUACCAGACGAAAGCUUCGGAAGAAUAUUUCACGAAUUCAGCUUGGAUUCCGUCGGCAAAUGAUUUAUAGAUGGCAGUCCGAAGCCCUGCGAUUGGUAGGUUGUCGGUUUGGAAUAGAUCUUUCGGGCGGCUUCCGAGGAUAGUUCAUUCUUCUGGGUCCAUUCGCUGUGGGCUCAUAUAUUAUGUAAGUACAGAUGUAUUCUUGUAUUACUUUUUGUAAACUCUCGAUUAUAGGUUUCUGUCAGUAGAUGGAGUUCUGGGGAAAGAGGAAAGUUUACGAUAAUGCAACCAAGGGGACUCAAGCAACAGUUUAUGCCAGUCGCUCUACAAUUUCUUCGUAUCUGUAUUGGUUUGGUAAGGGCGACCAAUUUCGCACCGACACCCGGACAACGCUGGCAGAGCCAUGCAAUGCCUAGUGGAGCACCGCCAGCUUGGUACAACCUCACGACCCAAACGCGGCUACAGGGCCU